AUGUCUCAAAAUCAACGAGAGGCUUGGGAGCGCCUGCAAGUUAUGCUGUCGAAGCGUAAGGCCGGCUUCGGCGGCGGCUUCCCAUCCGGUGGUGGCCGAGGAGGCAUGGGACUUGUCGGAACUCUCGUUCUCGCCGGUAUUGGCACCUACGUCGCGUCAAAUGCUCUGUUCAACGUGGACGGUGGUCACCGUGCUAUCAAGUACUCGCGCUUAGGUGGUGUCCAGAAGGAAAUCUACAACGAAGGAACCCAUUUCCAGAUUCCUUGGUUCGAAACGCCGAUCAUCUACGAUGUCCGUGCUAAACCUCGCAACAUCCCUUCUCUCACUGGUACGAAGGACUUGCAAAUGGUGAACAUCACCUGCCGUGUCCUAUCCAGACCCCGUGUGGAUGCUCUGCCCCAGAUUUACCGAACUCUGGGCCAAGAUUUCGAUGAGCGCGUUCUGCCUUCCAUUGUCAACGAAGUGCUGAAGAGCGUUGUUGCUCAGUUCAACGCCAGCCAGUUGAUCACACAGCGUGAGAACGUUGCCCGUUUGGUGCGGGACAACCUGGCUCGCCGAGCUGCCCGUUUCAACAUUGCUCUGGACGAUGUCUCCUUGACACACUUGACCUUCUCCCCCGAAUUCACAGCCGCAGUUGAGGCCAAGCAGGUCGCACAGCAAGAUGCUCAGCGUGCUGCAUUCAUGGUGGACAAGGCCCGCCAAGAGAAGCAAGCCUUCAUUGUCCGCGCACAGGGUGAGGCCCGCUCCGCGGAGCUUAUUGGUGAUGCCAUCAAGAAGAGCAAGAGUUACAUUGAGCUCCGGAAGAUUGAAAAUGCCCGUCACAUUGCUCAGAUCCUGCACGAGAGCGGUGGCAAGAACAAGCUCUAUCUGGACAGCGAAGGAUUGGGCCUGAAUGUCAACGCCCGCAGCGGAGAGGGCAAUUAA